CAACACAACAACAACAGCAACAACAACCUUUCGACCACCACCACCACCACCACCAUCAGCAUAACUAUCAACAAGAUCCAAAGAGCAUACCGAGUUCCAUGAUGAUGGAUUCGCGGGCUCAACAUAAUCCAAAUGAAUACAGUACUACUCAGAUAGAUAGUACGCGGCGCAUGUCCACUGCCAGUGACGCACGGUCCCCGUAUUCUUCGGCCUCAGGUAGUAGUGCAGCAUACAACGCAAACUCGCCGACAUCACCUAUGCCAUAUGAUCAAGCAGAUCCACUAGCAGCCGCAGGAGGAAGCAGUUCAGUAACAGCAAAUAACUAUGAUGUGAAACAGCUUCCUAAGGUACGCACGCUGAUGAAUGCAUUGACCGGUGCCAGUGCAAACAAUAACGUUGGAGCGUUCACUGCAGCACCUAUGGAUGAAACGAACCCGGCUGCACUGGCCACAAUCGCAGCUACCAUGCUUCUGGAACCAGGAAAGUUGCGACAAGCAUUGCAGACACGGCGCGAUGAAUUGCAGCAGGAGGUGAACAGCAUCAACUCUUUGCUCUCUCAUUCGUCCAAAGUCCUCCAAGAUUUAGAAUCCAUCAUCACAAAAGCAACUUCACCACCAACAGGGUAUAAUGAGCAGCCUGUUCAGCAACAUCAGCAACAGACACCAGCACAACCGCAACAGAACAGUCAGUUUUCAAUGGCUUCCACAGCAGCAAUAUCUAUGUUGAGCUCGCUUUUAGGAGGUACAACUCCAGGAGGUGGAGGAAGUGUAGCUGGAAACAGUAAUGGCAAUAACAAUACAAGCACUAGUGCCUCGAGUAGCAACGUGUUAUCAUCACUCUUGAUGCUCAGUGCUGCACAACAUCAGCAGCAGCAACAGCAACAACAACAAGCGCCACUUUCCAAUUUCCAUCAACAACCAGAACAGCCAUCUGCCUUUCGCUCAGCAACUACAACAACAUCUGCAAUACCUUCAUUACUAAUGAAUGGACGAACAGAUGCAGCGAUACCGGGAAGCAAGCCAUCAUCAUCCGUAUCAUCUUCAACUUAUAAUCCACAAUCACCAUCUUUUUCACGCUUUCAUCUCGCCCCGUUGGAAGGACUGGGAAAACGCAACUCCUCUUCUUCUUCGUCUUCAUCAUCGCCUGGCCAUCACCACCAUCACCAGCAUCCUUGAAUAGUCAUAAUAUAUCAGCAACAGCACUGUUAACAACAGCAUUAUAUGUACCCCUCGAAAAGAAUCCUAAAAAGAGCCCACUGCUAUAAUAUAUACUCAUGAUUCCCCUCUUUGCUAUCCAUUGUGUCAGUUUUCAAAACUCCUUCCUUCCUUUUACUUCCCCUAAUCUUUACAGUAAAUAGUAUAACGUCCUUUAUGUGCCUCCUUUUUGUUUUGUAAGCAAUAAAGUAUGGGUGUGUGUGAGCAGUACACAUGCAAACGAAAAUAC